GAUAAAAAAUAAUGCAGUCUUGCGUGAGGAAAACAUAAAAACAAUCGCAUAGAGCAGGAGUUCGGUCGGUCGUUCGAAAGUGUAAAAUCAAACUUUGGCAAAAUUGGAGUCUUUAUCAGUCGUACCGUUAUCAGUGUGCAAACGCGAUUUCGGCGUUUUUGGGUACAUAAAUUAAAGAAGUAAUUUAAUUUAAUUGGUGUCCUAUUCAGUAUUUCAAGCUGUGCGGUGAAAAAGUAUGGUGAUGUUUAUUUUUGGAUGAAGUGCUUCGUAUCGUGAAUGUUUUACUACCUAUAUGAUAUUCAUUGGAAACUAGGAGAAAGCUGAAACAUAUUUUAAAUACAAGUGAUUUGUAGUCAAAAAGAAUACUAACUUCAAAUUUUCAACAUCCUUACGUUAUAAGGAGUCGUUAGUGAGUAACAUUGUGUGAUUUCGCUACCGGAAUAGUGUAGAAGUUAUAUUGAAGGGAAUUCUUACUUCUUGAAAUGGCUGAUGACUACUAUAUGCAUAACAAUGUUUCAAACAGUGACGAUUCAGAGUCAGAACUCAAUCUGAGCACUCCAGAGCUUAAGGGGUACCUAAGUAAGUGGACAAAUUAUAUCCACGGAUGGCAGCCCCGGUUCAUUGUGCUGAAGGAUGGCACAUUAUCGUAUUACAAAAGUGAGCAGGACAGUGACUUCGGAUGUCGUGGAGCAAUCAGCCUACAGAAAGCAACGAUUAAGUCACACGAAUUUGACGAAUGCCGGUUCGAUGUUUCGAUUGGACAAAAUGUAUGGUAUCUGCGAGCGGAAACACCAGAGGAUAAGCGAAACUGGAUUGAAGUCCUUCAGUCGUACAAAACGGACUAUCCCGAAACCGUUAGCCUUCGACGUCAUGGCAGUACCAUAUCUUUGCAGUCCAAUACCUUGUCAACGGCCAGUGGAAGUAGCUUGAAGCGUGUCAGUCGUGGAUUGCGCGAAAAAAUGCAUGAAAUUGAAACCUAUCGGGAUAUCUUAUACGGACAGAUUGAUACCUUGCAACGCUAUUUUGACGUGCUUCAUCUGAAGAAUGAAGACAAUGUUCCACUCGACUUGGGUGACGGUUUGCGGCCGAUUGAUUUCAAGGGAGAAGCAAUAACAUUCCGAGAGACCACUGCCGGUGUCAUCACUACUUUGCAGCACUGUUUAGAUAUUAUUUCCCAGAAGGAAGAAAGUUUCAAGAAAAAGCUUGAUCGGGAGGUCGACAGACGGAAGAAAGCAGAGGAGCAAUAUAGGUAAUGUAUGAAUAUUGAUACCAAUGGAUUGAGAAAUUCCUCUAUACCCGGUCCUGAUCUGGAGGAAGGCCCUCAUUCGACAAUACCGGAGGAUGAAUUCUUUGAUGCAGUGGAAACAGGCCUAGACAAGAUUGAAGAAGACCGGCAGCUACGCGUUCGUCUGAAAUUCCAAUCUCAACAUUCACAAAUCAGCACGACCAGUUCUGUUCUUAUCAACCAAGAGACUGACGAUGGAAACCAACAAUCGGAAGACUUCGGGACCGGUGUGCAAGCUCGCACGCACAAGCUGUGGCCAGAAAUCGACAAAAUCUGCACGGAGCAGCUGUACCAGGCCCGGCAAGGCGUGGGCGACAGUGGCAACGGAUGGCAACUGUUUGCCGAUGAAGGUGAAAUGAAAAUGUACCGACGGGAAGAGGAAGUCGAUGGAAUGGUGAUUGAUCCGCUAAAAUCCUGUCACGUGGUGAAGGGUGUUACAGCGCGAGAAAUGUGCCAUUACUUCUUCGAUCCCGCCUACCGGAAUGACUGGGAAACAACACUGGAAGAUGUACAGAUAGUGGAUAAUGUAGCACCGGAUACAUUAGUCUUCCUGCAAACCUACAAGCGCAUCUGGCCGGCCAGUCAACGCGAUGCUCUGUUUUGGUCACACAUGCGAAAAAUCACUGACAAUUUGGACCAGGGUGCACACGACGUCUGGGUUGUGUGCAAUCAUUCUAAUCAAAAUGCAGAGUAUCCGCCCGCAAACCAAGGCAAAUGCGUUCGCAUUUAUCUGACAGUGAUAUUAGUUUGUCAAACAUAUCUGACUCCUGGAAAGGAUAGCAAAACUGCAACUCGAGAUGAUCUAACGUGCAAAAUAACCUACUGCUCUACUGUUAACCCAGGAGGAUGGGCUCCAGCAACCGUGCUUCGUGCUAUCUAUAAGAAAGAGUAUCCAAAGUUCCUUAAACGCUUCACAGGAUAUGUUUUAGACCAAUGUAAGAAUAAGCCGAUCAUGUACUAGUGCUCGCAAAGUAUGCGUAUGGAUGCGGAAUCGAAUGUGUGCCUGAAAAAAAAACUGAUUCAACCCAGCGACGAUGGGCCAGCAGUCUGAGUCUUCAUCAAACGAGCUCGUUGGAGAUGUCAGCUGAUCUAUAGAUUAAAUAGAUACGAAGUAGUGUUUAUGAAAAUACCGGCGGUGAUUGUUAACACUCGUCGUUUUGUUUUGAAAAAUUCUGAUUUUGUUGUUUGAUAUUGGGUAGAAAAUACUGACGUAAAUCUGGAAUCUAUUCUUUAUUAUUGAAUCA